ACCACCCCACCAUUACGAGCCAAACAUUCUUGGUAGGUGUGAGCUUACACUGCACUCUGCACGACACCCAAAUAACGCUGUAAUUCAGAGGAGAGACUGUACUUCAGAAAUUCAAAUUCAAAGAGUCCAGUUCAAAAAAAAAGCCGAGAAAGAGGAGCGAAACGAAAAUGGGCAUUUGGAUUUUGAUCUUCUCAGCGAUUUUGAGAGCUACCCUUUUCUUCCCAUCAUCUCUUGCUCUCAGUCCAGAUGGUGUUGCACUGUUGGAGCUCAAGGCGAGUUUGAAUGACACCAGAAAUGCUCUGAGUGACUGGAUAGAUUCUGAUUCAACCCAUUGUUCUUGGACUGGCAUUUCUUGCCAUCUUAAUGAGGAAAGAGUUAGCUCUAUCAACUUACCUCAUAUGCAACUUGGUGGAAUCAUUUCCCCCAGCAUUGGUAAACUCACCAGAUUACAAAGACUGGCGCUUCACUGGAAUAACUUGCAUGGAGUGAUUCCGAAUGAGAUAGGCUGCUGUACUGAAUUGAGAGCAGUGUACCUUAGGGCCAACUAUCUUCAAGGAGGCAUACCUUGGGAUAUUGGAAACCUGCCUAUGCUGAACAUAUUGGAUUUAUCAAGCAACUCUCUCAGAGGUGCUAUACCUUCUUCACUUGGAAAACUGAAACUUCUGAGGCAUCUCAAUUUGUCUGCAAAUUUCUUCUCGGGCGAGAUUCCAGAUAUUGGAUCUAUUAGCACUUUCGGAAGCAAGUCGUUCAUUGGAAACUUAGAUCUGUGUGGUCAGCAAGUGAACAAGCCGUGUAAAACUUCCCUGGGAUUCCCUGCAGUUCUACCUCAAGCUCAAAGUGACAAAGCAUCAGUUCCAGUUAAGAAACCGUCUCAUUACAUUAGAGCAGUGGUUAUGGGUGCAAUGUCUACAUUAGGCCUUGUGUUCAUAGUGCUCUUCGUUUUCCUAUGGGUUAGGGCGAUAUCAAAGAAGGAAAGGAAAGCAAAAAAAUACACAGAAGUCAAAAAGCAAGUUCAUAAAGAAGCAUGCUCAAAGAUAGUUACUUUUCAUGGUGAUCUUCCAUAUCCUUCAUGCGAACUUAUUGAAAAGAUUGAAUCACUUGAUGAAGAAGACAUUGUUGGUUCUGGAGGAUUCGGUACAGUCUAUCGAAUGGUUAUGAAUGAUUGUGGCUCAUUUGCUAUUAAAAGAAUUGAUCUAAAUUGCGAAGGUUCUGAGGAAGUCUUUGAGAGAGAGCUGGAGGUCUUGGGUAGUGUGAAACAUAUGAAUUUGGUCAACCUCAGAGGCUACUGCAGUCUUCCCGAUGCAAAGCUUCUGAUCUAUGAUUACUUGGCUCUGGGCAGCUUGGAUGACUUCUUGCACGUUCGUCCUCGACACGUGGCUGAUGAAGAUUUGUCAUUAAGUUGGAAAACACGGUUAAGAAUAGCCCAGGGUUCUGCUAGAGGAUUGGCAUACUUGCACCAUGAUUGCAGUCCUAGAAUAGUUCACUGUGAUAUAAAAGCAAACAACAUCCUCCUUGAUGAGAAGCUAGAGCCUCACAUUGCAGACUUUGGUCUGGCAAAGCUUUUAGUAGAUGAGGAUGCUCAUGUCACAACUGUGGUCGCCGGGACAUUUGGUUACUUGGCACCAGAGUACUUGCAGAGCGGCCGAGCCACGGAUAAAUCAGAUGUGUACAGCUUUGGCGUUCUCCUUUUGGAGCUUGUUACUGGAAAGAGGCCUACCGAUCCUAUGUUUGUAAAGCAAGGCCUAAAUGUCGUUGGCUGGAUGAAUACGAUACAAAAGGAGAAGCAGCAUGGAGUGGAAGACGUGUUAGACAGAAGAUGCGCAGAUGCAGAUAUGGAGUCUGUAGAAGCUGUCAUAGAAAUCGCAGGGAGGUGCACGGAUUCAAAUCCAGAGGCGAGGCCUUCGAUGCAAGUGGUUUUGCAGUUUUUGGAGCAAGAGGUGAUUGCCGCUUUUCCCCGUUGAUUCCUACCACUCUCGGUGACACGCACAUUGAGAGAGUUUUGAAUGUGAACAUUGGAAUGUGUUCUUAGUUAUACUUCUCUUAUUAUGUGUGCUCUCAGCUCUCUAAUCUCUAUCAGUUCAUUGCUGAUGUUGUAGAUAUUUGUUUUUUUAAGGCAAAUUUGUCUAAUAUGCUAGUAAAACAUAUUGUCUUUC